CCGCACCCCCACAUAGGAGCGGCAUGAUCGUCCCCCCACCGCUGCUGCGCCAAUGGCUCCGCCAGUUCCUCCCCUCCUCCUUCCCCACGCCAAGCGCUGCCGCACCGUCGCCGUCGCCGCCGUAUCUUCCGUCUCCCUCUCUGCCUUCAUCUUCCUCUGCCUCCUCCUCCUCGACUUGGCUCCCCACCGUGUCCUCUACUCUCGUCUCUCCGCCUCCUCCGAUCUCUCGGUCUCUCCGUCCCGCGAAGUUUUCAUCCUGCCUCAGGGUACGGUGGAUAAUCCGCCGUCUUCCGUGACGGAGGUUCCUCAGAGGCGGGAUCCGCACCGGACCCCUCCAUUUCCUCCUCCUCCGAGGCCUUUCGAGCCGCCCAAACCCGCCGACUCGGCGCAAGCUACGGACGUGGAGGCGCGUCACGGGGCGGAUUCCGUUGGGAUUAAGAAGUGCGACGUUUACCUAGGGAAGUGGGAGAGAGACGAAGAGGGGCGGUAUCCGCUCUAUCAGCCGGAUUCUUGCCCCUACGUUGACGAAGCCUACACUUGCCAGGAGAAUGGAAGGAGGGAUAGUGAUUACUUGAAAUGGAAGUGGAAACCCGACGGCUGUCAUCUUCCGAGGUUUAACGGAACGGACUUUUUGGAGAGAAUUCGAGGGAAAAGGUUAAUGUUUGUUGGAGAUUCCAUGAAUCGGAACCAGUUUGAAUCAAUGUUGUGUCUUUUGCGAGAAGCCUUGCCCGACAAGAGCAAAAUGUAUGAAACUCGAGGUUAUAAAAUAACCAAAGGACGCGGCUACUUCAUUUUCAAGUUUGCUGACUAUGACUGCACCGUCGAGUUCGUUCGAUCCCAUUUUUUAGCCAGAGAAGGAGUUCGAAUCAAUCGAUUGGGCAAUUCAAACCCUAUUCUUUCUAUAGAUCGAAUCGACAAAUCGGCCAAACGUUGGAAAAGAGCCGACAUACUUGUCUUUAACACUGGUCACUGGUGGACGCAUGGAAAGACUGCAAGGGGGAAAAACUACUACCAAGAAGGUGGUGUUCUCUAUCCACAAUUCGACGCGACAGAAGCUUAUAAAAAGGCCAUCAAGACAUGGGGAAGAUGGAUCGAUCAUAACGUUGAUCCUGCUAAACAACUCAUCAUUUACCGUGGAUAUUCCGCUGCUCAUUUUAGAGGGGGAGACUGGGAUUCCGGCGGAACAUGCAAGGGAGAGAGGGAGCCAGUCAAAACCGGAGCAUUGCUGGAUAGCUAUCCACUGAAGAUGAAGAUAGUAGAAGACGCCAUUAAAAGAAUGCAUGUUCCAGUCGUCCUUUUGAACGUGACGAAGCUGACCAACUACCGCAAGGAUGGGCAUCCAUCUGUUUACGGCAAGAAGGUGAUUGAAGGCGAGAAGACGUCGAAGAGGCGUCAGGAUUGCAGCCACUGGUGCCUUCCAGGGAUUCCUGAUGCAUGGAAUGAGUUAAUCUACGCAACCCUUGUCCAACAGCAACAUCGACAGUAGGCUAUCUUCUGUGAUCUUCGGAUGAUUAAUUAGUUCAGAAGAUGCUUGAGUACACUGCACCGCACGCCAAGAGAAGCAAAUGGAGGUUGAGGAGAUCGAGUGAUCCCAAAAAGAGAACAAUUUAUGACAGUAGUGAUGUUAAUAUUUGAUUUGCACUGUAAUUGGGGUGAUUAAAAAUUUAGUUAAAUUGAAUA